AUGGCUCCCUCCCCGGCCGAAUUGUCUCUGCUGUUGAACCCAUUGGUGCCGGAGUCUCUCAUGCAUAACAGCAGGACGAUCUCCAACAUUCGCUCCAUCUCUGGCCUCCUCUUGGGCGUUGCAGCGGGCAUCCUAGGCCUUGAAUCCCUCUAUGGCUUUGCGUUCUACCUCGCCGCAAAUUUGCUCCUAUCUACACUCUUCUACUUCGUCCUGGCUGGUGCCGAUCCCCAGAGAUACUUCGCUGGCUCAUCUGGAACAAGGGGAAUCGAUAAGCAGGGCCGCAAUCCAGGAGCUGGUGCCUGGCAGGAAAUCUGGUUUGGAGGCGGCCUCUUCACAGAGGCGCUGAGCGGCUUCGUGCUUGGGUGGGCCGGUGUCGGUGGUGUUAUAAGGUGA